AUGGAGAACUUCGGAGGGGAUAUCGCCUCAGUGCAGAACCGGAGUUUCUAUCCGUCUGCUUUUGGGGCUCAGUCAAGGCGCUCGGCAUCGGGGUCAAUGGUAUACUCCAUUACGGACAGAUCGGCCUCUCUAAGUCCAGAGUCUAUUAAAUCGUACGCACCUAUUCCUGGCUCCCCGGCCACUGCAAAUCCUCCCAUUGUUUUUGGCUGUCUUUUUGGAAACUCUUACUAUGGUUGCAAAAUCCCACAUGGUGUCCCUUUGCAGCAGACCGCAAAGAAACAAACUACUCUCGCGUCUUUAUGUGGAGAAUCGGUGGAAAAGCGUAUGGAUAUAUCAGGCUUUGCAAGCACCAACAUGCACUGCAACGAAAUUCCAGGAAGUGCUACGGAGUUUGGUGUUUACCAAAGUUGUUCAGGGUCUUACUCCCAGAUUCCUGGAUAUAUCAAUGUACCUGUCGUACCAAGAGCCGCUGCUAACUAUCCAAGACACGAGGCUGUUUUACCCAUUGACGGAUACCAGCCGUGGAACUGGUCAAAUAGUUGGAACAGUCAACUUAAUUGCGCCAAAGAACAGACACCGAGCCCGCACUCUUGGAAAUCUUCUCUCGCAGGCGAGACAGGAUUGAAUGAGACGCAUGUCCGUACUUUAUACCGGCAUGGAAGGAAGAAGAGAGUGCCGUACACCAAACCUCAACUGAAGGAACUUGAACAAGAGUACACCACGAACAAGUUAAUUAACAAGGAUAAACGGCGAAGGAUAGCCUCUUCUACCAACCUGUCAGAGAGACAAGUCACGAUUUGGUUUCAGAACCGUAGAGUCAAAGACAGGAAAAUUACAUCCAAAUUGAAGGACGUUCACACUUAUUCGUGA